AUGUUGUCCAGCCUGAUGGACAUGUCCACCAGCUGGUCGAAGGUGAGGGUGGUGUCUCUACAGGCCACCCCCUUGACGGACGUCCUCGAAUGGUACUGGGGAGACCAUGGCCAGAUACAAGUUCAGCUUAAGGAGGAAACCCUGGCAGCCGGCAGUAUCUCCGUUGUAUCCCGUGGGGAGAAACCAAAGGAGACACAGGAACAUAAAGAUAAACCCAAGGAGAAGAGGAUCCCUCAAGCCCUGACCUUUCUUCAGCUGUUUACACUGCUGAGCUGCGUCAAGGUGAAGAAAACACACUUUGAUCCCUCCCAGAGUGGCUUGGACUACUCUGCAGGUGACGUGAAAAGUAUCAAGGACAAGAGUAAAGGAAAGGUUGGGGGAGAGAAACAUAGCAUUGAAUCUCAGGACCACAAAUCCAGAACGACACAGGAAAAAGAAAAGGACAUUAAACUAAGACCUAACUCGGUCUCCCCUGACGAGCAAGCAAAGGAGACCCAGCAGAAAGAGAAGAAGAAGAGCAUCCAUCCAGCUGUGGCGGCCCUGCAGCUGUUCACUCUCUUCUGCUGUGGUGGGAAAGUCAAGCUGAGGAAGACUCGUCCCUCUCAGAACAGACAGAGUAGAAAGGACCAGGACAAAGAUAAUGCAUCUGAUACCGGUUCAGACUUGUCUGGAGGUGAUGUUACAACCGAAAGGGUCAAGGACAAGAGUAAUGGAAAGGUGGGCAGGGAGAAAGACCGGACUGAAGUUCAGCUGUUGAAAUCAUCUCAGGACCACGAACCCGAAAAUCGAAGGACACGCCGGCAAGUGAAGACCCCUGUGGAGGAAAUUUACAUAAGACCUGACUCUCUGACUCUACCACGUGCUCACAGAUCAGUCUCUCAGUUGUCCCUGGCUCGGAACCUGGCCAUCGUCCCGCUGGAGUGGCAGCCUCCCGGAGUCCCUCUGCCCACCUCGUCUAUGGCAACUAGGACAGAGAAAACGCCAUCCUCUACCAACACUUCGACACAUGCGCAGAUGGAAACACAGACAUCAGAUAUGAACACAGACACACGGACCGCUUCUACCUCUCAGAGCCAGAUCUCCAUGGUCUCAUCGGAGACCAUGAUAGAUCUUCACACGUCAGACUACAUUACCCAGACCUCCACUCUUGACAUGGCACUGACCCCUGAGAUCACUAAGGACAUGAUCACUACUGAUGAGGACGUGAAGGAUGACUCUGCUAAAGAUUUGAUCUCCACCCUAACAGACACCUCUAUGAAGAAAUCCAUCAGUGAGACCAGCCUGGAAGACCUCAUCGCUGAGUAUGAAGAUGACAAUGAGCUGAAGGAUAUGGCUGCCUCCGCUACCCCUGCUACUGAUAAUGACAAUGAGGAUGCAAUGCUGCUGGAGAUUGCAGCACUUUUUGACUGA